AAAUAAGAAAUGAUUCAUACGAACUGUGCAGAUACCUGUUUUGUUUAUUAUUAUCAAUGACAAUGACUGCACCUCUGUUCGCCAUUCCAGGAAUAAAAUCUCUUAUGUAUACAAGGAAUAUAAUUGGAAACGAGGCGGUGGCAAUAACAUUUAUUUACGGUUGGCCUAAUAAACACAGUUAAGAGUUUAUCCUCAAAAAAAAAAACGAAAAUGAGUUCCAGUAGCUCAGAGUCUGAAGAUGAUGGUUGUAUGAGUAAGGAGCUUAUUCCCCUUGGUGCUUAUGAGAAUAUUCCGAAAUACACAUUUAAGGACAGACGACCUGUGAGCCGUAGAUUGAAUAGGCCAAGUGCAAGGAAGCGUUGUCGACAGGCAGUUUCAUGUGUGACCAUGAACGUCGUUAACGACACCCAAACAUUGAUUAGCUUCCCUGCAAACUUCAGUACGGAAAACGAAGGUUCACUGAAUGAUGCUGACAGUAGCAUGUUUAAUGAUUCCAAAGCAGAGGAAACUGUCCAGGAAGAGCCAAUGGCAACAAAUCAGGAUGCACUACUUGUAUAUUGACACUUUGUUGUUAAUGACAGUUCAGUUGUUAAUGAUGAUUACCAAACAUACCUGUUUAAGGUAUUACAGUCAAAAGUGUUUGCUGUAGUUGAUGAUUUGGCUACAGUUUUUGUGGUUCGGGAUUAUGAUCAGACAUUGCAGAGACUAUUGGCAAACAAAUUUGCACAAUUCAAAGGAAAGUUUUUUCACUGGAUGGAAAAUUCUGGGCGUUGACUUGCUCGUGUGACAAGAGCAGAAGGUUGUUUCUUGAACAACUAAAUUGUGUGCUAGAAAUGAAUGAAAUGGAAUUCACAAGAACCUUGAAUGUUAGCCACAACGAAUGGAUCCAUGUGCAGGUCUGCAAGAGGCUUGUUGACGUUUUUGACAGCGUUAAUGAUGUCGAUCAAUUUGCUGAAGUUGAAAGAGAGCUGACUGAGCCUGAAUACAGUCUGAAUUUUCCUGAGAUUAAAGAAAUGAACUUCUCUGGCAAGCCGUUUGUUUGCAUAAAGCCAUGUGACAGCCAGUAUGGUGUUGUUAGUGUUAACCGUAUGGGUUUUGUUUGUUGUACAUGUUCAAUCGUCAGAAGUGCUUGUGUGCAUGUUGGGUGUUUGAAGGAAAUGUUGCAUAAAGAGAAUGAAAGCCUUCCAGUUUUCAUAUUGGAGAUGGAGUCACUUCGCUACGAUAUACAGCAGACUGGUCCAAAACCAAACUGCUACUUGCCAAAAGCCAUGUCAGCAUGCAAAGUGACAUGGAAGACAACUCCUUGCCAGCAAAAGAUUUAUAACUUUUAAAGUGAAAGAGCACCUGAUAAUCCUAUCAAGCUUUCCCCUCCAAAUAUUAUUUGUCCCAGCUGUAGCAGUGAAGUUUCAGAGCUUGUUUACCCAGUGCAAAAGAGAUUGUUUCUUCGGUCCAAUUAUGUUACAGUCGAAGGUUAGUUUACUUUCCUUUUACAUUUUUGAAAAUUCAGCUAUUUGAGAUUUGUUUGAAAGGAAUGGAUUCGCGCAAAGGUUUAGCUUGCAUUAGUGAGCAAUUUUAGGCAUAUAAUUUCUAUGCAUCAUAUAGUAUUAAUUUACACAUCCACUUACACUUAUAGAUAAACUCACUUUCCAGUCUUGAUCACUGGUUCAUGCCUUUUGUUCAGUAAACUUAAAUAACUCCACGACCACCAUAUAAGCUGGAAAGGGAUCUUUUGAUAUAUUAUUUUAAGUCCUCAAGUCCUUAAGUCAUGCUUUCUGUAGUUGAAAACACAUUUUGAUUAUAUUUUUGUUUGUUUUUCAGUAUAUGCUCGGUUGUGUUCCAAUUGCUCUUUCCUUCAACAGUACUGUGGCACUUCUGAUGGAAUUUUACAUAUGGGAUCUUUUCUAAUUGGUCAUGAUGUUUUGCGAGAUUAUUUGUUUCAAUUUCUAACUGGAAAUAGGUUUGUUCCUGAUUAAAAACUGGCUAUUGUAGGUUUGCAUGGCAAAAUAACUGCCAAAGUAUCAUCUGUAAGACUCUCAACCUUUUAUGCUCAGUGAAUAUGGAUGAAUAUAACAAAUUGUUGAUCAGAAACCUUAGAUUUUAUUAGAAUCCUAGUUAUGAGAACUUAUAUCAUUUGAAUGUAAAUAAAUUCAACCUCUGAUAUCUACACAUUGUGUUGAGUAGAAUUACAAUAUUUAAUAAUUUAAUUUCAAUUUACGUUACCGUUUUAGUCUACAUUAAUGCACAUUACAAUAUUUUUGACAAUUUAAUGCAAACAUCAAUGAAGAUUAUGAUGAAUAUUAAUGACAACUUUUGAAUUGUUCAGAAACCAUGCUCCUGAUUAAUAAUAGAUAAGUCUCUAGGUACCUACCUCUCAGAGCUGACCAUAAACCAAAUCAGUGUAUAUCUCUUCUUAGUUGCAGCAUUGUCGGAUUUUACGACAAAUGUAAACUGACUUUUGAAGCGGCAGGGCUGUCACCACGACUGUCACCACGAGAGCUGUUAACGUAUCAUAAGUUGCGCUUUUCUUGGUACUCUUUUCUACAUUUUGUCGAUAUCGAUUACGUUAAUGGUUUCAUAUGCGACAUUUGUGGGCAAUUUCCAGAUACUAUAGUGUGUGACGCAACAACACUUGGCUUUAAAAAAGCUACUUCCAAGAUGUGCUUGUGGCUUCUGGAAGCAAGGGACAACAUAGAAAAUCAAUGAGGUAUAACCAGUGGGUAUAACGAGAUUGUUGGCUGAACUCAAACUCAAACUCAAAACAUUUUUUUUCAGCAAAUCAAUUAAUUACACGUAACGUCAUUUAAGUAAGUUGUUUAAAAUUCAAUUAUUAAAUCCAAAAUUACAAUAAGAACAUUAAAGAAAAAAAAACCUUAUAUAUAAUUAAAUCAGCUGACGGACACAUCAAGAUAGAGCUAUGACAGAAAAAAACUCAAGAUAGAGCUAUCAAAGCCAUGUGCCCGGUUGACGUGAUUUGACGACGAGUUUACAAUUCAUUUUGGUUUGAAUAACAGUAAGAAUAACAGUAUAGAAAUGCAAAUGCCACUAGAAAAAAAUCAAAGGAAAUGAUUUUUCGAUUUUAGAUCAUACAUAAAUUGAAUAAAUUACAAGAAUAUCAAAUUUUUAGACAGCUAAAUAUUAUUUUAUUUUAUAUUUUGUUGGAUGACCUCCAGGCAAGGGCACUGGAGCCAGGGGGCAGCGGGGGCAGCGGGGGGACAGCCAGGGAUGGUGCUAUGGGGUGUCAUGGGGGGCAACUGCCCCCAAAAAGUUCCCAUGUCGGCAGCUCAAUAUAAGAAAAGAAAAAGAACUGUCAGCAUUUGAAACUGUCAAAUGAGGAAUUUACCUUCUUUGAAAGAACCAUUGACUUUCAGUAAAACCAUAAAACCAUUAGAGCUAUCAGGCUGGAUUGUUCCCAAAUUGU